AUGCUCUAUGGCUUACCGAAAUGUAAAUGUACACUCCAGACUUCAGCAGUGAACUCCGAAGAAGGAGAGCAACUGCCUCUACCAAAAAAGUUGCGAUCUAGUUCAAAAACUCAGUCAGUGAUCACUGGUUUUGACUUUAGGUGGAAAAGGGGAGCAACUAAAGUCAUAACAAACACUAGUGAAUAUGACUAUGGACGAGUGAACUUGAAAUUAGAUGACUGUGCAGAUAUUGAUGCUGUUGAAGUCUUUGAACAAGGAUCUGAUUUCAGCACUUUAGUCUCACUUGUUGCGGAGCAAAGUGAGCUUUAUAUGAAACAGAAGGGAAUUCCAUUCCAGACAAAUGAAGAUGAGCUUCGAGCCUUCUUUGGAAUAUGUUUUGUUAUGGGGUAUCAUGUUCUGCCAUCGAUCAGAGACUAUUGGUCUACUCAGCCAGAUCUUCAGGUACCAUUUAUAGCAAAUACAAUGAGCCGUGCUCGAUUUGAAUUAAUUCGCUCUGCUUUGCACUUUGCAAAUAAUGAGGACAUGUUACCUAGAACUCAUCCCCAGUGUGAUAGAGCUUUCAAAGUUCGUCCAUUGAUCCAGCACUUCAAUCGAUGCUUCCAGGCUGCAAGAAAUCCAAGCAAGCAACAGUCGAUUGAAUAG